AUGACUCAAGUUAAUAUGGGUGGUGUACCGUUUGAGACUCGGUCUAGUCAGCCGAUUAAUGUACCCGAGUAUUCUGAGAACGACCUGGAAGAGGAGGAUGAGGAUGAGGAGAAUGUGUUUGAUGAGGAUGAUGUGCAGGACAAUGUUAGGAUGGAUGCGCAUCACAGAGAUCGGCCUAUGUACAAUCUUAGUAGUUAUCCUCCUCCCCUGUUUGGUUGUCCACGGCCUGGUCCUGGAGGUUUACCCUCUUCCCCUAACCCUAUCCCUUCUCCUAUGAGUGGCGGCAGCAGCCAGUCGAGAGUUUCUGAUGAAAUUGAUCUGACUAUAUGGCUAGUGACAGAUGAAGUACCUGGUGGGCCGAAAGAUGGUAGCGUGAUUCCUAGCUUUCUUGGGCAUAUUGCUUAUAAUUUCUGGCAUUGA